UAAGGUUAGGUUGCGCGCGCUGGAGGCCGUCGUCUGCUGCUGUAAUUCGGCUACAGUGGGAAGGAAAAUAUUGUUUAAAGUCGCCUUUUACCCACCCACGAAUAAUCCGUUUCGCUGGGAUUUUACGCUACUCCUUCCUUACAGAGAAAGCUUCUCGCUAAAAGGGCAGACCGGGACAGUGAGUCGAUUAGCGGCCCAUGCAGCCAUAACAAGCCCGUGAUACUCCACCAGAUCACUGGAGAAGGUGACCCCUCGCCCCCCUUUCCUCUCCCGUUUCCUAAGCUUCUGUCCCCUGCCCCCUCAUAAUCAGCCCAGGGACCCUCUUCCUAAAAGCCAGUUAGGAACGUUGGGUCUGUUCCUCCCCAUUCUCCUAGCCUCCAUCUGUCUCUCUAACUCUGACCGCUCAUCGGACUCCCCAAAACCAUGUCCUCCAUCUUGCCUUUCACUCCGCCCGUGGUGAAGCGUCUGCUGGGCUGGAAGAAGUCGGCCAGCGGUUCGAGCGGAGCGGGAGGGGGCGGAGAGCAGAACGGCCAGGAGGAGAAGUGGUGCGAGAAGGCCGUCAAAAGCCUGGUGAAGAAGCUGAAGAAGACGGGCCAGCUGGACGAGCUGGAGAAAGCCAUCACCACACAGAACCUCAACACCAAGUGUGUCACCAUCCCCAGCAAUUGCUCUGAAAUUUGGGGACUGAGUACACCAAAUACGAUAGAACAGUGGGAUACCUCAGGCCUUUACAGCUACCCUGACCAAACCAGAUCUCUGGACGGGCGUCUGCAAGUGUCUCACCGUAAAGGUCUGCCUCAUGUCAUCUACUGCCGCCUGUGGCGAUGGCCCGACCUGCACAGCCACCACGAGCUGCGCGCCAUCGAGACCUGCGAGUACGCCUUCAACCUCAAGAAGGAUGAAGUCUGCAUCAACCCCUACCACUACCAGCGGGUGGAGACGCCAGUUCUUCCUCCCGUCCUCGUGCCAAGACACACAGAGAUCCUGACUGAGCUGCCUCCUCUGGACGACUACACCAACUCCAUACCUGAAAACACCAACUUCCCAACAGGGAUAGAGCCCCCUAACAAUUACAUACCAGAAACUCCUCCCCCGGGAUACAUCAGUGAGGAUGGAGAGGCCAGCGACCAGCAGAUGAAUCAAAGUAUGGACACAGGUUCUCCUGCAGAACUGUCGCCAAGCACACUCUCGCCUGUCAAUCAUGGCAUGGACCUGCAGCCAGUGACUUACUCGGAGCCUGCGUUUUGGUGCUCCAUAGCUUACUAUGAACUCAACCAGCGGGUGGGAGAAACGUUCCACGCCUCUCAGCCUUCCCUCACCGUGGACGGCUUCACAGACCCCUCCAACUCAGAGCGCUUCUGCCUGGGCCUGCUGUCCAACGUCAACCGCAACGCCACCGUGGAGAUGACCCGGAGACACAUAGGUCGAGGGGUCAGGCUGUAUUAUAUUGGUGGGGAAGUGUUUGCCGAAUGUCUUAGCGAUAGUGCCAUCUUCGUUCAAAGCCCUAACUGUAAUCAGAGGUAUGGCUGGCACCCUGCAACAGUCUGUAAAAUCCCCCCAGGCUGUAACCUGAAGAUCUUCAAUAACCAGGAGUUUGCGGCACUGCUGGCUCAGUCGGUGAACCAGGGCUUUGAGGCUGUAUAUCAGUUGACCAGGAUGUGCACCAUUCGCAUGAGUUUCGUCAAAGGCUGGGGAGCCGAGUACAGACGGCAGACGGUGACGAGCACCCCGUGCUGGAUCGAGCUUCACCUGAACGGCCCGCUGCAGUGGCUGGACAAGGUCCUGACUCAGAUGGGCUCGCCCUCCGUACGCUGCUCCAGUAUGUCCUAAUCGACACGACCAAGCUCUCUGCCCCCCCCCACCCCCAAAAACGACUGAUUCUACAAUCACAUCAACCGACAACAAGAACAACAGACUUACUAUAACCCCGCCCCCUCUUUCUCUAUCAUAGUACUCGUGAGCCUUUCUCUCUCUCUCUCUCGUCUCCCGACACUGACGUUCUCACCGUUCGGACCGGAACGCAGCACUUGCUGUCUCAUCAGCUUCAUGCACCUUUAAUUCUCUCUUGUUUUUCUUUCAUAAACCCUCAAUAUUAAAUGUAUUAGUAGUAGAAUAUGAAAUGUAUAUUGUUUUUUUUAUUUUAUUUGGAUGGUUUUCGAGAAGGAGGGAAGGUGCGUAUGAUGUGUGGAAGUUCAAGAAGGCAGGAAAUAACUUCACACACACACACUUGUAGCAGUAAGGCUUUUCCCCCCUUGAUGAAGUAAAUACUUUUCCUGGAUGGCGAUCCCAAUCCGGUCGUUCAAGGAGGUUACUUUUUCUGGCAAAAAGUCACAUUCUUUGUUUUUAUACACGUUAUGAUUGUGUAGAUUGGCGCGUAAAGACUUAAUCAUGUUUUUCGAUUUCUUCAGUAAUGCCAAAAGAUACCUUUUUAUUUGAAUAUUUUACGAUUUCUCCCCCCCAAACCACUAUAUAUGAAUGUUGCCUUUGAUUCGAGGUAUGCUGCUGUAAGACAUGCUUCUUUUAUUCAAACUGAUAGGAAUGUUUAACGCAAGGAAAAA